UCAGCAGUGCCUCUCUACCUUUCUCUCCCUUUUUUUCUCCUCCCUCCCUUCCCCCUCUCUCUCUUUCUCUCUCUCUCUCCCUCUCCCUCUCCCUCUCCCUCUGCCCUGCUGUGAGUAGGUGGUUCCUUGCUGUACUGAUUGGUGUGAGUCUAUAUAGGAGGAGAGGCGCUCUAACAGGCUCAGAGUCUGGUGGUGCCCACUUGCCACACGUUCCCAGUAGGACUACCUGUGUAUUUUUUUUCUUUUCUGUCUUUUCGUGAGAGGAUUUACUUUGUGCUGGCAGCAAUGACGGAGAGCAAGAAGAAAGAUAGGAAAGGGAGAAAGAAGGGGGGUAAGAAAGGACAAAAGGAGAAAGAGGCUGAUCCAACCAAAGUUGCGGCUCCCAAGUUAAAACCGAUGAGGAAUCCAAUAAUAGUGGACGAGGGGAAACGGCUCACAGUAAAGUGUGAGGCCACAGGGAACCCUCUCCCCACCUACAGAUGGUUCAAAGAUGGCACCGAGCUGAAGAAAAACAAAAAAGUCAAAAUACGGAACAGCCCGAAAAACUCCAGAGUCCAGAUCAGCAAAGCUCAACUGGAGGAUUCUGGGAAUUACACAUGUGUGGUGGAGAACCCGCUGGGAAAGGAGAACUCCACUGGCACCGUAAACGUCCAAAGCAUCACCACAACGCAAUCUCCAGGCUCAGGCCACACCAGAAGAUGCAACGACACAGAGAAGGCUUACUGUGUGAAUGGCGGCGACUGUUACUUCAUCGAUGGUGUAAAUCAGCUCUCCUGCAAGUGUCCAAAUGACUUUACUGGUGAUCGCUGUCAAACCUACGUUAUGGCCAGUUUCUACCAGCAUCUUGGGAUUGAAUUUAUGGAGGCUGAGGAACUCUACCAGAAAAGAGUCCUGACAAUCACGGGUAUUUGUGUGGCUUUGCUGGUCGUGGGCAUCGUGUGUGUGGUUGCCUACUGUAAAACCAAGAAACAAAGAAAGAAGAUGCACAAUCAUCUGCGACAGAACAUGUGUCCAGAGCAUCCCAAUCGUAACCUAGCGAACGGACCCAAUCACCCCGGACCAGGCCCAGAGGAAAUCCCCAUGGUAGACUACAUAUCAAAGAAUGUCCCUGCAACUGAGCGAGUCAUACGGCCUGCCACAGAGGGGUCCUUCCCUGCCAGCCAUGCCUCUUCAAGAUCUCACAACUCUUCCACACGCGCCCAUUCAUCAACUCACAGACACGAGGAGCGGACAUGGAGCCUGGAACGCUCGGACAGCAUCCUGUCUGACUCGCCGGGAAUGAUGUCAUCUUCCGUGGGGACCAGUAAAUGCAGCAGUCCCGCGUGCAUGGAGGCCCGGGCACGGCGCGCUGCACACUGUGGCUACCCUGACCCCCACCGGCCGGGCCUGCAGUACGGGGAAUCCUUCGACUCGCUGGGGGACUCUCCGCACAGUGAAAGAUACGUGUCAGCCCUGACGACACCAGCCCACCUCUCGCCAGUGGAUUUCCAUUACUCAUUGCCCCCACAGGUGCCUACCUUCCAGAUCACAUCCCCCAAUACCAGCCAUGCGUUGUCUCUCCCUCCUGCUGUCCACAACCCCUACCCUCUGGAGGACGACCAGCCGCUGCUGCGCCGCUACCAGGUGCCCCUACACGAUGCCCAGUGCCAGGAGCCUUACCGCCAGCAGCGUCGCACUUAUCUUAAUGACAGCAGGGGGAGCCUGCCCGCCAGCCCCUACCGGCUGGCUGAGGAAGAAGACUAUGAGACCACCCAGGAGUAUCUCUCCUCUCGAGGGGAGCAACCAAAGAGAAGUGGGUCCGGUGGAGCUGGUAGCCGGCGCUGGAGGAGAUCCAGAUUGAACGGCCAUGUGGCCCCACGUGGAUAUGAGGCAUCCCGGGACUAUGGGUCUCGAAGCUGCCUAACGGAUAGUGAGUCAGAGGAAGACGGUGAGAGCACGCCCUUCCUCAGUAUGCAGAAUAUGAAUGCUGAGCCCUCCACCAUCUACAGGCCGGUGGACAGUCGGACUUCUCACUCGUCGGGGCGGCACAGUGCGCAUGGGAACAUGCAUACAAGACUUACACACUCACGCUCCAAACCGGACAAUACACCCCAUUAAAGAGUGAAAAUGAACCAACAAAAAUAAAUGUAGUAUAGACCUGCAUCUAUAAGAAAUAUUUUUAUUUUAUAUAACUGACAGAUAUUCUAAACAAAUGAAAUAUUUAUUUUCAUUUUAGCAAAAGUUGUCUACUAGUUAACAGCAAAGACUUUUUUAUAGGGAAAACUCUAUUUAUAUGUACAUUUUGAUUUACAGCAUAAAAAGAUGUGCCAGUUUUUUCACAACGUAAAAAAAUAGAGUAAUAUUGUGGUGCCUUUUGCUGUAUGCCGAUGCCAGAGGGCCAGUGGAGGUUUUUGUAGCCUUUCUUAUAUGGACGCCUCGUUUUUUAUACACGUUUUAUGUUUUUGUUUUUUUUCCUGUUUUACUUUCUUUUCAAGUUGCAUUCUUUGAGGAGUCUAGCCCCACUGGAACAUAACCCCUUCCAUAUCACGCAAUAUAAACCACUUCAACAUAAAGUGUAUGUUUACAUUAAUAUGAUUCACCUGUAGGGUUUAUGAUUUGGGAUUUAAUAGAAAAUGCCUGAUAAAUACAAUGUAAAUCCUU